AGAAGACCGGGAGGAAGCCAUGGAUUCGCCGGCGUGGAUGUUCACGAAGGCGCUGAGCCAUAGACAGAAGGUCACCCGCCUCUACAAACGCUGUCUUCGCGAAGUUGACAACUGGUAUGGAGGAAACAAUCUGGAAGUUCGCUUCCAAAAGUGUAUUAUCCGUGCUCGAUUCGACGCUAACGCUGAUGAGGUUGACACCCGUAAGAGCCAGAUCCUUCUUGCCGACGGAUGCCGUCAAUUGUGGGAGAAACGUCAUUUCAAGCCUUUCCGUUUUGCUCUCGAUCCAGGAGGUUCCAGUUAUGAUCGUGAACGCGAGUCGCCGGAUGAGAUUGUCGAUUCGGAUCAAUGGACAUUGGCUGAACGUGAACAGUUCCCCUACUACUUCAAUACUCGUGAGCAGAGAAAGAAGGAGUUGCUGACUCACUGGGCCAAAAUCGAAAAAGCUUGGGAUGAGGAGAUCGCGUCAAUUCAAACCCAACUACCAGCUGCUGCCCCAACUGUUUCCAAAUAGGCCACUAUGAGGAAGUAAUGCGAUUGAUUUUAAGUAGAACGAGCUCACUCGUAGACCGAAUAAUUUUGUUUUGUUUUUUAUGAAUUUAACGUCACUGAACAAAUAAAUAUAGCUGUAUUUUCAU